AUGAACAUUUGGCGAAAAAUAGCCAAAAUCCUGGGCAUCUUCGGACGGACGCCGCGCCGGCGAAACGCGCACAUCCUCAUCAUCGGCCUGAACAAUGCCGGCAAGAGCACGCUGUUGAAUCGCCUGAAGCCGGAACGCGAGCAGCUUGCCAGCAGCAACGUCGGACCGACCGUGGGGUUCGCCGUGGACAAAUUCACAUUCAACAAUGUCAAGUUCACGGUGCACGACAUGUCCGGCCGGGACGGCUACCGCAGCAUGUGGGAGUGCAUGUACGGCCGGUGCGACGCGCUGCUGUUCGUCGUGGACAGCACGGACCAGAUGCGGCUGGCCGUGGCCAAGGACGAGCUGGACAUGACGUUGAGGCACGCCGACGUGGCGGACAGGCCGUCCGUGCCGAUACUGUUCCUGGCCAGCAAAGCGGCCGCGCCGGACGCGUGCAGCACCACCGCCGUGGCGGCCGCGCUCCGGCUGCACGAGGACGUCGGCCAGUCGCGGCCGUGGCGGCUGGCGGCCACCGACAUCAGCACCGGCCGCCUGGACGAGGACGGGCUGCACGAGGCCAUGUGUUGGCUGGUGGAACAGAUCACCAAGACGGCCCGCUGA